UAUUUUGUUGCAUCAAACUAUUUUAUUUAUGAUUAUAAAACGGUAAUGCAAUUAAGACUUGAACAUCAUAUAUGUGGAUUCUUUGUUGGAACAUUGCCUCAAGCACCUCAACAAAAUAUUUUUCUUGGACUUCCAUUGGAAUUAAUUCCAGAAGAAGUUGCAUGGCUUGUUGAUCAGGGACAUGCGUAUAUUGUAGAUGAUAAGCUACGUCAUCAGCUUUAUAUUGAAAAUGUUACACCAAAAGAUGUGCUUUCUAUUAAAGAAAAGAGAAUAACAGAUAUUAAGCGUCAAAAUAUUGAAUAUAAACAAAAUUUACUAGAGAAAGAGUUUUCUACAAGCUUUUUGAAGGAUUCUUCUAAUUUAGAUUCUAUUGUUUCUUCUCUUGAUAAUAAUGAUACAGAAGAUGAUAUACCACGAAAUAUUAUUGUUCCAACAAAAUCUAAGAAAUCACUCUACGCAAUGCCUAUUGAAUUGUCUCCUAAAGUAAAAGUGGAUCCAUCUCGAUAUUCUGUAUGGAAAUAUCUUCAUGAUAAAGGCUAUUACAUGACACCUGGUCUCAAAUUUGGUGCUCAUUAUCUUGCUUAUCCAGGUGAUCCUUUAAAAUAUCAUUCUCAUUUCUUAGUAAAUGUAAUGCAAUGGGAACAAGAAUUUUCUAUAAUAAAUAUAGUAGGUGGUGGAAGGCUUGGGACAAAUGUUAAAAAAGCAUGGGUUAUUGGAGCAAAUAAUCCUAAUACUAAUAUUGCUCAUGUCUUUACUGUUGAAUGGACAGGAUUUGGAUAAUUAUAAAAAGAGAAUAUCUUUUAAUAUUCUUUUUUUUUUU